AUGAAGCUCCUCCUCCGUCGCGGCGCGGCCCUCGCGACCCAGGCGCGCCACAUGAGCAGUCUGCGCGAGCAGGCCGUGCGCGUCAUGGCCGGCAAGAUCCGCUCGGACCUCGAGUCCAACCCGAACCUGUGGCUCAGCGCCUCCGCCGUGGACGAGCCCACGGUCUCCAUCCUGCACCCGGCGCCGGGCUACGCGCUUGCGGGCAGCAGCCCCGAGGUGCAUCGCGACCUGAGCCUCGACUUUGACAAGUCCGUGAGUGAGAUGGAGGUGCCCCUGGCCUACCUGCCGACGGACCCGAGCACGCUGGCCGACCCCUUCACGCUCGUGGAGCAGGACAUGGUGAGCGUCACGGAGAGCAUCAAGCGCAUCCUCGGCUCGGACCACCCGGUGCUGGAGGCGGUUGCCCGCUACUUCUUCGAGCACGACGGUGGCAAGAAGGUGCGCCCCACCAUGGUGCUGCUGGUGGCGCGCACUGCCGAGGCCCACCGCCGCGCCACUGGCGCCCCGCUGCCUGAGACCCAGUCGGAGGAGUACACGCGCGCCGCACAGCAGCGUCUCGCCGAGAUCACUGAGAUGAUCCACACGGCCAGUCUGAUGCACGACGACGUCAUUGACGAGGCCGACACGCGCCGUGGCCGGCCGUCUGUGAACAAGGUGUUCGGCGGCAAGAUGGCUGUGCUGGCUGGCGACUUUCUGCUUGCGCGUUCUUCCGUGUCACUGGCACGACUGCGCAACCUGGAGGCCGUCGAGCUCAUGUCCACAUCGAUCGAGCACCUGGUGAAGGGCGAGGUCAUGCAGAUGAAGAACGCGGACGCCCGCGACGACAUCACGCCGUUCGAGUACUACCUGCGUAAGAACUACUACAAGACGGGCUCGCUCAUGUCCAACAGUUGUAAGGCCGCGCUCGUGCUGGGCAAGCACGACGAGCGCAUCUGCGACCUGGGCUUUGCAUUCGGCCGCCACAUCGGCCUCGCCUUCCAGUUGAUUGACGACGUGUUGGACUACGAGGGCGUGAACACGGGCAAGCCGCUGCUGGCCGACCUCAAGUCCGGGCUGUCGACGGCUCCGCUGCUGCUCGCGCAGGAGGAGUUCCCCGUGCUGCGAGAGCUGGCCAAGCGGAAGUUCUCCAAAGAGGGAGAUAUCGAGAUGGCCAGCGAGCUCGUGGAGAAGAGCACAGGCAUCGAGCGGUCCAAGGCGCUGGCCAUCGGCCAGGCAGAGCUGGCGGCCCAGGUUGCCAUGCAGUUCGCUCCUUCACCAGAGCGGGAUGCCAUGGAUGGAGAACCAAGCUCCUCGUCCCAGAAGAAGAAAAAGGAGGAGACCAACUGCAACCUCGUUGGCAUUUCACCAUUUACCAUUGCGGCGUGA